AAAACUACAGGAAUGGCGGGAAGCUAAGGGGAUUUCCUACAAGCGUCCUCCAAUGCCAGUGAAACCUCAGGUCAAGCGCACUGUGGCUGUGCCCCUGCCUUUCUGGACCACCAUGAAUGAGGAAGACGAAGCUCACUCCCUCAUCUGUGCCGUGGAAAGAUCUUUGGUUGACUGCAUCAAAUUGCUUGCAGAGGGUUGCCCUCCAGAACAGGUGAAGGAGGUCCUUUCACGGCUGCCAGCGGUGUCCCAGAAGUUUGCCAAGUACUGGAUCUGUCAGGCCCGUCUGAUGGAACAAGAGGGCGACCUUGAUGUCCUGCCCAUGUUUGAAAAGGCUGUUGGUGUUGUGUUGGAGCCAGUGGACGAGCUGCGGACUGUGGUGUUUGAGAUUCUGAAGAAAAAGGACGAGAUCCAAGGUAGUUGGCUUGCAUGUCUGUUUGCAACCUCAGUGGUUCAUACCAUUAACCCUUAGGGUUCCUUUAA